AUGGUGUUGGAAGAUGUACUCAAGGGGCGAGUGUUCCAGAGAGUAGCACUAGUGGCUUGUCUUCUGAUUGGCACACUCACCCCUGAGCCCCUAGAGCCCUGUACACGGAGCCCAUUGUGCUCAUGCCGUGCCUCCCACAUGUCAUGUAUUGCCGUCCCGUUGCACCGAUUUCCAGAAUGGCCUCAUAUAGAGCUCCAACAUUUGGAUAUAAGCAUGUCAAACCUAGAAAUAAUUUCAGAAAGUGCUCUAGAUGGUUUACACUUACAAACAUUAGUUUUAGUAGCAAAUAGAUUACAUCAUAUCGAAAACAAUGCGUUCAGUUCAAUGGCUAAUUCUCUUGCAUCACUUGAUCUCGGCUACAACGAAUUCACUGAAAUCCCUCAUCAAGGCCUAAAGGAUUUAAAAGUUUUAAAUUGGUUGAACCUGCAGAACAAUAAUAUAGCAUGCAUAAAAUCUGAUAUAAGAUGGUACCAUUUGGAAGAAACCUUAACAACCAUCUUUUAUCCAAAUUUUACGAGUUGGAGCCACGUCGCUACUAAACUGUUAUCAGGUGGUCUCAUCCUUACUGGUAAUCCAUUGGUUUGCGAGUGUGAGCUGAAUUGGCUGGGUGCUUGGCUUCGUCGCUGGUUCCAAGAGAACGAAGCUGGGACGGAACUUAGGCGCGCUGUUCGAGAUGCUUACUGUGUGGAUAAAUAUGGCCGCCACGUGCCCCUCUUACAGCUACGCGCCGACGAGGCUGAAUGCCACGCAAGUGCAUUGUCCAGUGACGCGCAAACACAUUAUUCAAACACCCUUUAUAUUGUCGUCGUUUCUCUCUGGAUACUCCUAUUAAGG